AUAUGUAGAUCCGCCUACCAACGUCACCGCCUACAACGAACUAACUACUUCCGCUUUCGGUUUGUCUUAUCUUAUUAUAAUUAUUUGUAAAAUGUCUCGACAAACGUCACAAAGGGAAGAUCGCGACGGUCAGGGUAACGGAGACCCAAUAAAACUGAUGCUUGAAGAUAAAACUUUAAUGGACAAAUGCGUUGCAGACGGUAUUGUCGUCGAGUCUGCCAAGGACGAGUACAAUUUGCUUCAAACGAAAUCUAAGCUGAGCUUGGACUCGCACCCGGCAGUAGUUUUUAAUUUUAAGUUAGGUGAAAAAGAAAUGAAGAAGAAUAGAGAAAAGUUCCACGAACUUCUUCAAGUCAUCAAAUUGUGCAAAGGUGAUAAGAGUGAAGAAAUGAACGAAUUCAAUAGCUUGAUGCCUUCUUACCACAUGUGGCAGUCUAAAAGUUUGAUCCAAUCCCAGCUCAAGAAGUCUGAGGGAGAACCAGUCAAAAGACGACCAGGGAGGGUAAAGAGAAAUACCUCCAAGAGGUACAGCAUGACAGUAAGGGUGUCGGGACAGGUGCAUGACACACCCACCACCAAAGACUUCCCAAGAGAAUGGUUAAGCUUGUCAAAAGAGACAGAGGAAAAUAAAAAAUUAAAGAAAGAAAAUGAAAUGCUCCAAGUGCAAGUUAACGAAUUAACAACAAGGUUGAGCAAAAUUGCCAGCGACAAGCUCACCGACGGAAACCCAAAUUUUGCCGAUCUCAGUGACAGGAACAGACCGACAAAAAUAGGGGAGAAGUUCGGGAUGGUUUACGAUGAGGAAUGGAGCGAGGCAUACGAUGAAAUAAAAAACCUGCACAGGGAUCAGACAGACGAGGGCGUGUACGAAAUUCUGUUGAACAUCGUUAUGGUUGGAAUGAAAUUCUGCCAAGAAGUAGCAAAGUCACAGAUAUCUUCCAUCGAAAGUGGGAUGAGCGAACCGAUGCUGCGUCCACAGUGGCUGUGUGAUGGGAAGGAGUACUCGGUAGAAGAAAUGGUAGCAGACCCCAGAUUUAAGACAACACUGAAAAAAUUUGCCAAAGAUUUUCGGCGGGGUGCAUCCACAUCAUCCAUCAGUCCCCUGUGUACGAUAUUCAAAGAUGCUAAACUGAAAGAAAUUUUGGACUGGGAUGUGUAUAAGAUGGACAGCUUGAACCUCUACAUUGACGCGUGUAUCGAGUGCUUGUGGUUAAUGUGUGUGCAGGAUCCUCCAAUGCACAUCACGUGGUUAACGAAAGGCGCCAAAUACGAUCCUGCGCAUUUCAAUAUGUUCAUGACGAAAGGGAAAGAUGUGGAAUACACGGUGUGGCCAGCCGUUUUCCUGUACAAGGACGGACCACUGGUAACCAAGGGUUAUGUCAGAUUGAAAUGAAGAUACUGCAAUCACGUGAUCAUAUUGUUUCCUUCAUUCUAACCAGACUGUUAGUCAAACCAGACUUUUUUGUAUGAUUGUUCUUUUGCAUAAUAUAUUUUGAUUAUUGUUAUAUUUCGAGUACGGCAAAUUCACUGGUAUUAAACUGAUGAUGGUAACGAUCGUUACUAUCAUCCCAAGAUGGCGGAAGGAAAUUCCGGAAAGACCACAUUUACUUAUUAUAUCUAUUUGUAUUGUUUAUUUGCGAAUGAUAUGUAGGUAAGAAAUAUCAUACACUAGCAACAAUUACGAUCAGUUGUUAUUUUAUCUUUUAUACGACUCAUAUGAACAGAAAAUUCGUCGUUGAAAAAACAGCAAUGAUGAUAGUAACGAAAGUUUUACGUUACUAUCAUCAUUCAUUCCGUUACUAUCAUCCUCGCUGUUAACGACGAAUUUUUGUUCAUAUGAGCCGUAUAAAAGACACAAUAACACCUAAUUGUAAUUGUUUUUAGUGUAUGAUAUUUCUUAUCUACAUAUCAUUUGUAAAUAAACAAUACAAAUAGAUAUAAUAAGUAAAUGUGGUCUUUCCUGAAUUUUCUUCCGCCAUCUUUGGAUGAUAGUAACGAUCGUUACUAGGCCUAUCAUCAGUUUAAUACCAGUGAAAUUUAUAACGUCACAAAAACAUCAUCGUCAUCGGAUGUACCCAUAAUUGAUUUCGUCUUUUUACUCAUCAUAUCCUGGAAAAAGAUCGCAGAUUAUUGAAAUUCUUGGAUUAUUUCAUCGGAACACCCCAGCGAGAUUUGAAGGAGUUCAAAAUUAGUUAGAAUUCGUAGCGAUAACUGCUUCCUGCAAUGUACCACAGUGGACAAGAUUUGACAUUCGAUUCUUUUCAAUCUCCCUGCCGUGAUGGUUUUGUUGUGUACGAUCUCUUUAAAAAGGAGCUGGGGUUUUUUUUUUUUAAGAAAAUAUUUCAUAGACAAAUGUUAUUGCAUUGUAAAUAUUGAAAGGAAUCCGUUUUGUUUGAGCAGUAAUCUAUGAUGUAAGGAAUAUAAGCCAGACUACUUAUCUGUAUACCCUAGUUGAGCCUUGUUGUUUGAGCUCCUAUUUACAUGUAAUGGUGUCCAAUCCACGGGUCUGCAAAAUUUUCGGACUGACUUUUCAAAGGUAAUGACUACGACAUCAACUAUAGGCAUCCGUCUGGGCGCGGAAGGAAUUUAGCAACUGUUCUAUGAAAUGAAGCGAACGUUAUUGUAUUUCUGACUCUUUUUUCGUCGUGUUUUGGGACCCUAACGCCAAACGUAGUUACAUGGUUUUGAGGGGUAUUGUUUUAUGCUGUUUUUGUUUUCGAGGAGUAUUGUUUUAUGCUGUUAUUGUUUAAUGAUUUUGAGGGGUAUAUUGUUUUAUGCUGUUUUUGUUUAAAUUGCAGUACGUUAAUUACAUAUAAUUCCAAUGUUAUUUAUUACAAUUGUUUUGAUUGGACAAAAAUAAAGCUGUUCAAGAGUU